AUGAGUACGACACCACAUAUUGAAGCUUCUGAGCCCAACGUGACUUCGAACGGCUCAACGACUAACGCAUGGGGUACCGAGGGUGAAAGCUCAGGUUUGCUAGCCAGUACCACCCCGAGCUACGGUGCAACCUCAUCCAUCACGGAAAACGGGAGCCACGAGGAUUUCCCAAAGACCCAAGAAAGGAAGUACAGCAAUGCAUUCAUCGCAAGGACAGUCGUUGCUCUUUUCAUUGGUGUUUUCACUGCAAAUGCCGAUGGAUCUCUCGUGAUGGCUACCCACCCUGUUAUAGGGUCCGAGUUCAACGAUCUGGAAAACUCAAGCUGGCUCUUCAUUGGUUUCAUGCUUGCCGGAUGUGCAACACAGUCCUUGUAUGGUAAGCUGAGCGACAUAUUCGGAAGGAAGUCCCUGCUCCUGAUCUGCUAUAGCCUAUUUGCGAUAGGAUGUGCUCUGGUCGGUGCUGGCCAAACCAUGUGGCAGGUCAUUAUAGGCCGCGUAAUAUCAGGAUCAGGCGGUGCUGGCAUGACCGUAUUGGUGGCAUUGAUAAUUACAGCUCCUUUGAGGGAGGUCGCCUCUUGGCAGAGUUAUCUCAACAUCAUUGCAACCACAGGAAGGAGCCUAGGAGGGCCCGUAGGUGGCUGGUUGACAGACACUAUAGGGUGGCGUUGGUCAUUUCUUGGCCAGGCACCCAUUUUUGCCAUAGCCGCCACAUACUGUUGGGUUGCCCUUCCAUCCUUACGAGCCGAAGCCCAAGAACCAGCAGAUCAGCCCGGAACUCGGCUUGGCAGGAUUGACUUCUCUGGCGCUUUACUUUUGGGGUCAGGCAUCUUUGCGCUCAUGCUACCCCUCGAAAUCGCUGGAUCCAGAUUGCCCUGGGAUCACCCAGCGAUCAUAGGGCUAUUUGUCGCUGGAGCCAUCAUGCUCGGAACCUUUGUCCUCGUCGAGGAGUACUGGGCGAAAGAACCGAUUUUCCCUAUCAGAUUGCUCCGAAACCCAAACGUCCUGCUGUGUUAUCUGAUCUCGGGCUCUCAAAACGCUGCCCAGUUAACUAUGAUGUUCAGCGUGCCGCUUUACUUCCAAGUUACCCAGCGAUCGUCUAGCACAGUCGCUGGGGCACAUUUAGUCCCCGCCGUCGUAGGGAAUGCAGUCGGAGCUUUGGCUUCGGGUUUCGCUAUUAAGCAGACUGGCCGUUAUAAAGCUUUGCUCAUCUUAGCAACCCUUUUGGGUAUCACGAGUUACCUACUGCUCAUCCUCAGGUGGCAGGGUAAUACCAAUUGGGUCGAGUCACUCUAUAUUUUCCCGGGUGGACUAGCUACGGGUAUAGCGCAGACGGCAGUCUUUAUAGCAUUGCAGGCAUCCAUCGACGUUUCCGAUAAAGCCGCUGCCACUUCCGGACUAUUCUUGACCAGCCCAAUGGGCGCCACAAUUGGGAUGGCCGUCGGCAGUGCUCUGACAACAGCAGGUCUUCGCAAGGGGUUGCUCGUAAGGCUUAGAGAGCUUAACCUGAGUGCUGAUCGUGUGCAAGAGAUUAUCGAAGGAGCUGCUGCGGACGUGGGCUACAUCGACAAAGCUAGCCCGUCGAUUGCCGGAGCCAUCGUCCAGUCGUACAUCGAAGGAAUCGAGUAUAGCCACUAUGUGUCAUUGGUUUGUUCAUCCCUGGCACUUGUUGCUGCGUUGCUCCUGAGAGAACGGGCGUUGCGCAAGUGA